UUUCUUUCUUCCUAUCUUGUACUGGUCGAGUUCUUGAAGAGUUUUCUCUUGAUUCGCUUUAGGAGCUUCAGUCACAAUGUCCUCGGGAAAUGCUUUCAUUGGGAAACCAGCCCCAGACUUCAAAGCCACAGCAGUAAUGCCAGAUGGGCAGUUCAAAGAUAUUAAACUUUCUGACUACAAAGGGAAAUACGUUGUAUUCUUCUUCUAUCCACUUGAUUUCACCUUUGUCUGCCCAACUGAAAUUAUUUCAUUCAGUGACCGUUCUGAUGAAUUCAAGAAGAUAAAUUGUGAGGUGAUUGGUGCUUCUGUUGAUUCUCACUUUUGCCAUCUAGCCUGGAUCAACACUCCCAAAAAGCAGGGUGGACUAGGCAGCAUGCGCAUUCCUCUGGUUUCUGACACAAAACGUCUAAUUGCUAAGGAUUAUGGUGUACUAAAGGACGAUGAAGGCAUUUCUUUCAGGGGCCUCUUUAUCAUCGAUGAAAAGGGGAUCUUGCGCCAGAUCACAAUCAAUGAUCUGCCUGUUGGUCGUUCAGUUGAUGAGACACUCAGGCUAGUUCAGGCUUUUCAGUUUACAGACAAAAAUGGAGAAGUGUGCCCAGCUGGUUGGCAACCUGGAAGUGACACUAUCAAGCCAGAUGUCAAGCAGAGUAAAGAGUAUUUCUCCAAACAGAAAUAAAUGUAUGUUGUGUUUUGUACAAAAAAAAAGUAUACUGUAACAUAUGACAGAGCAAUCUUUGCCAUUUCUUAUUUAAAGAGUAGCCAUUUUGUGAACAGAUUAGUUUACUGCCUCAUUUCAUAAGUCUUUUAGUUUGGAUCGUGUGGAUCUGAAUAAGUGGAUUAUAGAAUGGCAUAUUGACUAUCUAGUCUAUUAACCUUGGCAAAAGUAGAGAAUUUGCUCUUUGUACUCAUGCACAUAGCUGACAAUUGUUAGCAUAUUAGUGACUGUCUCUGGUACGUGUGGAACAAAUGGCUUUUCUUGUAUUUUGUACUGUUAUUAAACUUUUAUGAAAAA